AUGCCUCCCAAGAAGGUCGACCUGAAGAAACAGGAAGCAGAUAGACUUCAAGGUAAUUUUUCGAUGUUUGUUGGAUUUUUUCUGCGUUUAGGCCAUCUGAAAGAGGUUGAAGAACAAGGGGAUUUUCUGGAUAAAGAAAGAGGUAUUUACAGUAAAAAUAGGACGAACAGACCUCUUUAUGCUAAUAGAGUCAUAUUUUUGUGAUUGUUUUGGGUGUGGGAGAUUAUUAUGAGCAAAAUUUCUGUUUAUCUUCCUGCUCUUUUGCCAUGGAUAAGAUAAGACUGGGCAUGCGUACUUUUCUCAUUAGUAUCCCGUUUAGCAAUGUUUUCUGGCUGAUAUAAGAAUUAAUCUCACUUUUUAAGCACUUUCUAAUCUUCUUUUGGUUGAAUCCCAUCUAAUAUUUGACCUAUGUUAUCCAUGGUAAACAACUCUAAAAUAACUAUGAUUUCUUUAAGAUUUAUAGAUAUUAUUGCUUUCAGAGAUCCUCAAGGAGAUGCUCAACGAAGAGGAGAACAAAUAUUGUGCGGAUUGUGAUGCCAAACAACCUCGAUGGGCCAGUUGGAACUUGGGUGUCUUCUUGUGUAUAAGAUGCGCUGGUCUUCACCGGAACUUGGGUGUACACAUCUCUAAAGUGAGUAUUUUAUAGUUUUCUCUUUUCUGGAAGUUUAGGUACGAUUUCUGGGCUUCGAAUAUCAGAUUUGGGCAGGCUUUGCACUUGAUGUUGUACUUGACCCACGUCAAUUCAAUUUUUGAUGAGGACCCCUGUUAAACGAAUUAUUUCCAGGUGAAAUCGGUCUCACUGGACACCUGGCUUCCAGCUCAAGUCCAAUCAAUGCGGGUGAUGGGAAAUGCAAAGGCCAAAGCGGUGUAUGAAGCUACUUUACCGGACAGUUAUAGACGUCCUCAGAACGACCAAGCUCUAGAACACUUUAUCAGAGCCAAGUACGAAGCGAAGAAGUACAUUCUCAAGGGUUGGAUUCCACCAAAAGUCGAUGUAAACGACCUUCCGCCGCUUACGGAGCCAGGUAGGAUCGAUUAUAUUACUUUAGAUGUAGUUGUGUAAAAUAUGGUCAGAAAAGUGGCUGAAAUGCGAAGUAUAUGGGUUUUUUGCAUGAAACAUGAUGCUUUCAGCCAAAUCAGCGAAAAAGUUUGUCGCCAUUGGGAAUCUGGCCCAGCCAGCGGCCCAAUCCAGCCAAGCUCCGCCCCCUAAACGGGAAGAAAGUUUGGUCGAUUUGUUCGAUACUGUAAGUUAUUUUGGACUGUAAUUGAUGUGAUUUGUAAAUUUAGCCCGCCUCGACAGCUCCAGUCCAGUCAAACGACCUGUUUUCGCUGAAUUCCCCGGCCAAAGUUCCGGAAACUCCGUCGGGCGGAGAUCUGGACGACCUGUUUGGCCCAAUUGUAUCAGCACCGACUCAAAAUGCACCUCAGCCGGAUAGCAGUGGCCUGGCUGAUGGCUUAGCAGGACUGAAUUUUUCGACGCCGGCCACGGAUGGGAAAAGUGAGAGUUUGAGGCAAAAAGUUGGGAUUUUCAAGGGAAAUCAGGGAUUUGAAGGGAUAAAUGAGGGGGUUAUGGUAAAAUACGGGGUGACAAGUUAAUGAGGUUUUUUGCUGAGUGAGGUUAGAGUAAGAGGGAACAGUUACAAAAUGAAAAUUUGGGGUUUUCUGACAUGAAAAAUAGUUCUAUGGGGUAUGGAGAGACAGGUCGAGAUAUACAAUGACGGACCUGAUCCAGUGGCAAAAAACGUACCAUUUUGCAUCCGGGAAGCAUAAAAAAUGUAGUAAAAUACCUUCCUCUCCAACUGAAAAAACUCCGGUUUGAAGGCGCAUUUGAAAUUGGAGUUUUUUUCACUUGGACAAGGAGGUAUUUUGCCACAUUUUUUGGUACUUCCUCGAUGGAAAAUGGUACGUUUUCUUGCCGCUGGGUCAGGUCCGCCAAUGUAGUUGAGGGGAUGAAAAAGAAGUUUUGUGGUAAAAUACGAAUUAAUUAGCUUUCGAUUUUGUUUGUUGUGAGGAUAGUGUAAGAGGAAGCAGUUAUAAAAUGAAAAAAAUUGGGGCUUGUCGAAGAAAAUUUUUGAUUUUUGCAAUUUAAUAUGAUGUAUAAUAUAACAUUAGGUAUGAAAUGAAUGCAUAUUGAAGGCUAGAGCAAGAGAGCGUCAUAUAACAACUGAAUGAACAUGAAUUGCCUUCAGUUUCCCACUAAAAUUUUCAUUUUUCAGAGACCACCGACGAUAUCAUGUCCCUGUUCAAUAACCCUCCCCCGCCCAACAACCUCAACCAGUUCUACGCCCCACCACCUCAGCAGCCACCCGCAGCUCAAUUCCCAUCCGCAUUUGGGCAAGCGCCGGCCCAGAAUUUGCCUCAAAACAACUGGGCCGCGAAUUGGUCCACCCCCGCCCAACCCCCGGUUCUGAUCCCUUCCCAGCCUCCGGUUAUGGCCGCCAUGCCCCCACAAAACAUUGGAAAUCAGCCGCAGUUGGCUAACCCAGCGUUUGCAGGGUUUGCGGCACCAGUUCAGACGAAACCCGCCGACUCCAAAGCCUUUGAAGAUCUGUUUAGUCAGGCUCAAAUUCAGUUCCAAAAAACGGACUUUUCGGCUCCGAAACCGCAACAGCCGGUCGCCACUACAGCCCCAUCAGCUCAAAAUGACCUGGAAUCACUUUUCAUGUAA